AUGAAUCAAUACCAAUCAAAUGAUAGAGAAAGGAAAGAUUUAUCAAUGGACUAUAUCAUAAAGAAAGGGCUGUGCGCAACACUUAUGAGUGCUGUGCGGGCUGUGCUCAAAGUUUUUAAUUUUGAGGCUGUCCGGCUAUUCGUGCCAACCGGGUUAAUACAAGCCCUUCUAAGCGAUCAUGGCUUAUUUUUACCAACUGAUCCAAUAGCUUCAUUAGAAAAUGGUUAUGAUAAUAUAAUUUGGUCAAAUAAUUUAAUGCAUGCUCAAUAA